UCCUCUCUACCACCCGCACUCUCACACACACCAAAGCUCUCUCCUUCGAUUUCGCUUUUACUCACUUUACUUUCCUCUUGCUUUCCGAAGAUCCAUUUCUUCUACUGCUCUCUACAUUUUCCUCACUAUUUCCCCCCAUUGCAGAAGCUCCAGCUCUAGAUCUCCGCCGCACCUCAUGGAUCUAUGAGUUGCCCGCCGGAAUUACCCGCAUUGCCGCUUUUCAGCUAGGGUUUAGCAUAAUUGUGUUAUUUCUUGGUUUGGUGUAGGAAAAUCGAUAUGCCAACUCCACGCCAAGUGAGUAAGAGUAUUUGUCGGCGGGAAGAGCUUCAGCGAGUUUGAGAUAAAAUGUACGUGAAUUGCGUUUUGGAGAGAGAAGAUGCUCCUCUUUCUGCUUCCUCUGCUCACUCUGCUUCCUACUAAUUUCGGUACUCCUUUAGAAUUCAUCUACCUAUCUCCAUUACAGCAACCCCUGCCAUCAGCUGCAAGGAAGAUUUCUAGUGAUCAUGUGAGCUUAGAAUCAAUGAGUUCAACACUUAGUUCAAUUCUUAGAGCCCGAAGGCACCAUUUUAAGAAUCCACCAGCAGCACUGGCUCCAUCUCCGGUAUCUCAAGGUCCAGUUGCUAGUAGGCCUACUACUGGUAGGACCAAGGGUAGGCAUCAGCACCAUCGGCAUAAAGUCAGAGGUCCUGCAGUUUCUCCCUCUCCUUCCGCUAAUUCAGGUUGUGGUCAGACUUGCGCAGAGCCACUUACUUCAGCUCCACUUGGUUCGCCCUGCAUGUGUGUAUUUCCUAUGAAAGUCAGGCUUCUGCUAGGGGUACCACUUUAUGCUAUCUUUCCGGAGGUCCCUGAGAUAGCGAAAGAGUUUGCAGCUGGCACCUAUCUUUUACAAAGUCAAGUAGCAAUAGUUGGUGCUAGUGCUGAUAGUCAAAAUCAGGACAAGACAGUGGUUGAUAUUAAUCUAGUUCCUUUGGGGGAGAAGUUUGACAAUACAACUGCCAUCCUGACUUAUCAAAGAAUUUUUCACAAGAAAGUACCUCUGAAUAUGACGCUUUUUGGUGACUAUGAUGUAAUAUACAUUGCUUAUCCAGGACUCCCUUCUUCUCCCCCUUCUGGCAUUAUUUUUGGUGAAGGUCCAACUGGAAGUAUUGGGGACAAUCAAUACCCUUUUACUGCAAAUUUUGGUGGCAAACAUCAGAAAAUGAAACCUCGGAUAAUCAUUGUCAUUUCUUUAUCAGCUUUUGUGCUCUUGGUGGUUUGUUGUGCUGCAGUUGCUGUCCUACUGAAGUGCAGGAAUGCUCGCAGACCAUCCAAUGCUGUCGGUCCAGCUUUCACAUCAUCAAUGAACAAAAGAUCUGGAAUGGGGUCUAUGCUGUCAAGUAGUCCAUCCAGCUCAACUUCAGCUUCUCUGGUGUCUGCCAUGCCUGCUUCAGUUCUUUCUGUUAAAACAUUUUCGCUGGUAGAGCUUGAGAAUGCCACAGACAAAUUCAGCCUAAAGAAGGUGCUUGGCGAAGGAGGAUUUGGGCGUGUAUAUCAUGGGCUUUUGCAGGAUGGAACUGAAGUUGCUGUUAAAUUACUAACAAGGGGCAAUCAGAAUGGUGACCGUGAAUUUAUUGCUGAAAUCGAGAUGCUUAGUCGGUUGCAUCACCGUAACUUGGUGAAAUUAAUCGGCAUAUGUAUUGAACAGCGUACACGCUGCUUGGUGUACGAGUUAAUUCGCAAUGGCAGUGUUGAAUCCCACUUACAUGGUCCAGAUAGGAGCUUGGGGCCUCUUGAUUGGGAUGCACGUCUGAAAAUUGCGCUGGGUGCUGCAAGAGGAUUAGCUUACCUUCACGAAGAUUCUAAUCCACGGGUCAUUCAUAGAGACUUUAAAGCUAGUAAUGUUUUACUAGAGGAUGACUAUACUCCCAAGGUUUCUGAUUUUGGUUUGGCACGGGAAGCUACGGAGGGAAGCCAGCAUAUAUCUACCCGGGUCAUGGGAACUUUCGGAUAUGUUGCUCCUGAAUAUGCAAUGACUGGCCAUCUGCUUGUCAAAAGUGAUGUCUAUAGUUAUGGGGUGGUGCUACUGGAGCUUCUCUCCGGUAGAACACCAGUUGACAUGUCACAGCCUCCUGGACAAGAAAACCUUGUAACUUGGGCACGACCCCUACUGACUAAUCGAGAAGGUUUGGAGCAGCUAGUUGAUCCAUUGUUGGCUGGAAGCUAUGAUUUUGAUGACAUGGCAAAGGUCGCUGCUAUAGCUUCCAUGUGUGUUCACCCAGAGGUGACUCACAGGCCAUUCAUGGGAGAAGUAGUUCAGGCACUCAAGCUCAUCUACAACGAUACGGAUGAGACGUGUGCUGAUGCUUUUAGUCUGAAGGAAUCGUCAGCCCGUGAUUCAGAUUUCAAAGCUGACUUUGCCCCAUCAGAUAGCAGCUGGUGGAAUGGAGGGGGCCUCACUCCCCGAUUGACAUGUGGGCAAGCUUCUUCUUUCAUAACUAUGGAAUACAGUUCUGGUCCACUCGAUGAUCUGGAAAACAGACCGUUUUCAGCUUCGGGUUUGGUUGAGGGUGGGAUGUCUUUGCCAUUGAGACAUGGAAAUAGAUCAGGCCCCUUGAGGACAGUAAGGAGUAAUCGAGCAUUUUACAGAUUACAGGGAAGCAUGAGUGAACAUGGAGGAGUCCUCAACAGAAGUGCUUGGAACAACGGGAGCUCUGGCCAUGAAGCUUCGUUUUAGGGUGUGUUUGAAGAUGUACAGUAUCGAAGGAUCGAUCAUUGGUUGAAGAUGAGUGGUUUUUCGGUGUGUAGCAUUAGGGUGUUGAAAUUGGCUGAAUUUGAUUGUGGAGAAUGGAAGAGAUUCAAUGGCUUCUAAUUUUGUUAAAUCUUGCAAUUUGUUAACACAUACGGACAAGCGGUAAUGUGGACUCUCAUUGUUUGUACAUUCAAAUGAAUUAACUUUUCAGCUUUGAAUGGCUUAAUCCAAUUGUCCAUUUCUUGGUGA